AUGGAGCUUCGAUCCACCUCGACCGCGUCUCAUUCUUCAUCUUCUGCGCCCUUAUCUUCUGAAAUCUCGUCAGUUGAAUCUCAGUCUGGAGAUCCUCUUGCGCAACUAGCAGAUGAAGUGAAUCAGCAUCCAUUCACCAGCAGGCAGGGCUUACAAAACUCCUUGAAGCGCCGUCACCAACAACUUCGGCAAGACGCAACGCGGGAUCAGUACCUGGUCUUCACUUCUGUCCCACCAGCGGUAUCCUCUCGACUCAGUGAUGAGCAGUCACGCACCAGCAAGUACUGUCGAUUCUCUUACAAUGAAACAACGGGUAUCUUGAUUGCGAAAGUGAUGAUGCUGAGUCCUGCACACGAGCACGCAAGAUCAAAAUUUGGCCAUCUUGUCGACUCUAAGUUGGAUGCGAUGAAUAUUGAUGAAGUGUGGUCUCUCGGUUCAGCAACAGUUAGGAUCGGAAACUGGACAAAGCAAGCUGAUUGCUGCUGGGCUCCCAGUCCGACACUUGCGAGCCUGAGUUUCGUCGUGGAGGUGGGACUAUCAGAGUCCACAAGACGACUUGCUCUUGAUGCUCAUGGGUGGCUUGAGACCUCCUCUUCUCCUGUGAAAGUAGUCGUCACGAUCACUAUCAAACACGAAAAUCCCGAGGUCAUCUUACGCCGAUGGGAACCGGUUCCUCGAAGCGAUGGCGUCCGUACAAGGUCAUACACUCCUUUGGCGCAUAAUACUGCAACAAUUAAGUUAUCUCGAUCGAGCAAUACGGCGUCAGUCACCGGAGAGUCCGAUAUAAACGGCACAACCACGACUACGACGCAACUGGAUCUACCUUUCGACAAAAUUGUUGGCCGUCCUCCUCACCAUCCCCUGGAGCGAGACAUCGUGAUAACUGAGCAAGAACUAGUAGGGUUUGCUGAGCGUAUCUGGAGGCUGCAGGGUGUCGUAUAA